AGACACGCUCAGUAGUAGUAACGAUUUUGUACCCAAUUGCCAGAGAUCGUCGCGGUUUGUCGCCCGGGUCUCAGUUGGAUUUAGUUUUUUUUUUGUCCGGGUACAAUUGAUUGUGGUGGACGAAGAAUUCCAGACCCUUUCAAUCGAACGGCGUAGUAGUCACCUAGUGCAUUUAGACCGGGCUUUCAGCCGAACCAGGAAGGGACCUGUGUGUGGUACCUAUAGUUCAAACAAGUUCUGGAUAAGCCAGUGGUCUCUAGCGAUUGAAAGCGUGAGCCUGCCUUUGGCGAGAAAAAAAAAAGAAUCGCGAGUGCAUUAGAGAGAGGGUGGGAUUUGCUUGAAAGUGUGAGUUUUUAGUGGCUAGCCAUUGCAUUCGGCAACCCCUUCGGUUUGGGACAAAUUCUAUGGUAGAAGCAGCCUCUUGGCGGGAAGCGCGCGAUUGGAAAGAUUGAUCUCGAGUAAUUGAACCGCAGCUUGACAGGAUUUGCAUCGAGGGUGGUGCGCAGUUGUUUAGUGGCCUUUGCUAGUGAAAGAAGCAAUCAGGAGAAGUAACGAACGCAAUCAUGAUUGGAUUCAAAUUGUUUGUUGCCUCGGUGUGUCUGGCCCUGGCGUCGUCGGUGGAAGCCCAACAAGAAUAUCGACCGGCGCCGCUCCGGAUCGGUACGGGAAAUGCUGAUCUGAAGCCAACUCCGGUGCCAAUUCUGAAGCAGAUUAACAGACACAACGAAGAUGGUUCGUACACCUACGGCUACGAAGGAGCCGAUGGAUCGUUCAAAAUCGAAACCAAACUCGCAACCGGUGAGGUCAAGGGCAAGUACGGCUACGUCGACGAAUCCGGCAAGGUUAAGGUAGUCGAGUACGGCGCCAACAAAUACGGAUUCCAGCCAUCCGGUGAAGGUAUUACCGUACCCCCACCAACUCUGGUCGAUGAAACUACCGGCAAGGAUGGUCUGCUGGACUACGAAGAUAAUGUCCCAGCACCAAGACUGCAACAGAAGCUCCGCCCAUCGAAACCUCGCUAUCAGGAAGUUCCUCAACAGCGGCCACAACCUCAGCCUCAGCCUCAGUACUACGAUUACGAAGAAGAGCAACACCAACCCCAGCCUCAGCAUCAGCCACGACUUCAGCCACAGCAACAGCAACAACUUCAUCAUCACCAGCAACCGCAACAACAGCAGGCUCAGUAUGUGCAGCACUCCCACUUCGGCCCGUCUGCUCCUGCUCCAGUUCCGGCACGUGCUCACCUUUCCAACGCUGUCCCAGUAGAUGUGGUGUAUUCUCCUAAACAGCGCCCUGCUCGUCCGGAACCCGAAUACGACACCCGGCCACAAACAUUCCCAAAUGCGGCUCCUGCUCCAGAACCAAAGAUCCGAUUCUCUGCCCCUGCUUUUGCAGCUGCCGCCCAAGCACCGCUUCCAAAGUCCAAUCCUAUCUUUGCUCCAGCACAGCCUGAGUAUGCGCCACAGCCACGACCUGCCCCAGCCGUCUAUCAGCCACGACCGGCUCAAGGACGCAGCACCAGCAUUCUGGAUCAGCUGGCCAAGGACUUUGCCCUGCCGCAGGGUGGAGCACCACCACUACACGACAUCACCUUCGGAUAUUACUAAGCAAAAUGCGCAGAUUGUAGCCGACGACGGACGUUUGUGCCCGCGAAAAAACAUUACUAAAGGGAUGCCAUUCACAUUCGAAAAGAAAACUAUUUCAUUUACCAACCAACACCCACUAUUCGGGGGUAAACUUUCAAAAGAGUGAUAGAAAUGUAAAGAUUUCGUUUAAAAAUGAUCAAUCGUAGAGAACUGAUUAUGUAUAAUUAAAAUAAAUCGUCCAUCAGUGUUUA